AUGGCUGGCCUCGCAUGGGUAUACUGCAACCAAGGGAGAUUGGAGCAGGCGGAAGAACUACAAGUGAAGGAGCUAAACUUGAGCUCUCAGAUCCUUGGACGAGAGCAUCCCGAUACGCUGGACAGCAGGGACGACCUUGCGUCCAUAUAUUGGAGUCAGCGAAGGUGGAAGGAGCCAGUCAAAUUGCAGGCACAAGUGGUGGAAGCGAGAGGCAGAGUCCUUGGAAAGGAGCAUCCUGAUCCUCUGCAGAGUGUAGCUAACCUGGGUGUAGCUGAAGCUCUUGUCGAGUUCUUUUCCCCGUCGGAUGGAAUUCCUCACACUGCUUUAGGAGAAAACCUUGAGCAGAUCCAGAUGGUCAACCCGCAGCCAGAGCCCGGCACUCUAUCACCGCCGCAGGUCCCACAGGAAGAUGAGGAUAACAUCAUCAAACAGAAGGUCCUGGUGGGAAUGCUGCACGCCUUUGAAUUCCAGCACACCACAGUCGUCUCGGACGGUGCCCAGGUGGUAUCGAGACUAGGCACCGGACCCGACGCCUUUGACCUGAUUCUCAUGGACAUCAGCAUGCCCGUCAUGAAUGGAUACGAGGCAACAGUCUACAUCAGGAAUAGCGGCGUGCGGCUGCCGAUAUAA